AUGUUCAUCUCGCUGAUUGGCUUGCCCUCCGCCGGCAAGCACAGCGUGCUCGAGUACCUCGUGGAGAACUUUGGCUUCACGCCGCUGUACAUCGGGGAUCCGAACGAUGUGGAGCGCAUGGCCGAACGGGUAGGCAAUCUGAGUCUGAACUGGAGUCUGGAGGUGAGUAGCGCUGCAACCUCUGCUGCACUGUUUGCCUGCGCACACACCUUCCGCACCCCGGACGACAUGCUCGACUACGUCACUCGCUCCUGGCGCGGCCGUUGGGUCACGCUCGACCUGGGGACCUGGGAGCGCGCCGAGCCCUUCCUGAAGCGCCCAUUCUUCAUGGUCGUCAACGUCGAGGCGCCGAUCGGCGCGCGCUACGCAAGGGAGAAGCGACGGCAACCGAACCUCUCGCUCGAGGACUUUAUCGCCGCACACGACAAGCGGCUGUACGAGACGGGGGCGGACCUGACGCGCCUUAUCGAGUGCGCGCACGUGACGAUCGUGAACCGCUUCGAGGGACUCAACGGGCUGCAUGCACACCUCGACCAGGCCAAUCUGCUCGAUGAGGAGAGGCUGCGGCCAGGUUGGGACAUGUACUUUAUGGUGAGUGCUGCAUUGACUCUUUUGCUGCUUCUCCGUUCCGGAGAGGUGGUGAAGGGACUGCUGAGAGGGGUAAGGAUCAAGCUAACUUUAGACACUCGCGUCGCUCGCCUCGCACCGGUCAAACUGUAUGAAGCGCCGUGUUGGCGCCGUGCUCGUGCGCAGCAAGCGUAUCAUCUCGACGGGGUACAAUGGCACGCCGCGCGGGACGGUGAACUGCAACGAGGGCGGAUGUGCGCGGUGCAACGGACCAGCGAAAGGAGGGCAGUCAUGUAA